UCAAUAUGUAAUUUAAACACAUGAAAAAUCUUGUUAUCUUAGUUCAUCGAAUUAUUUAAAAGUAUUUUUCUUGCUCUCAAUUCUUUUUCAAAAUUUUUCUUCAUUUGGCUGUAUUUUAAUGGUCUCCCUUCUCUAUUGAUAGAACUGUAGUGAAAUGUAGCAUUGCCAAGUCGCAAGCUCUCUACAGUGCCCAGAGAGGGUUGAAGACAAACAAUGCUGCUGUAUUUAAAGUAGGAGCUAUCAGCAUCAACAUUCCUCAGCACCCUGCUACCUUACAUAGCAUGAUGGUUCGUAGUUCUCAUCAGCUGUCUAAACAAAUCUCAGACCUCAUCAGACAGCCUUCUACAGUCCCACAGCCUGUAAAAGAAGAUAUUGCAACCCCGCUACCUUCUGAAAAAACUCCAACAAGUGUUAAUCAAACUCCCGUUGAAACAAAUGAAUUUCCUCAGCUACCAGAAGGCUUAGAAAAGAAGCCUAUUGUUCUUAAAUUCAGUGCCAUGUUAGAUGGUAUAGCCAUUGGAGCAGCACUUUUACCAUCUCUGAAAGCAGAAUACAAGAUGGGAAGAAUGAGAAGUCAUGGAAUGACAGGUGCACAGACAAGAUUUACAUUUGAGCUGCCAAAUCACAGAUUACGUUUUACUUCAAAAGUUUCUGCCACAGAUAUGUCAACCAUUCCUCCUUCUGCCAGUCUUAACCUUCCGCCUGUUACUAUGUCAGGGAAAUACAUAAUGGAAGAACAUGACAGUUAUUCAGAUCAGGUGUGGAGUAUAGAUGAACUGCCUUCUAAACAGGGCUACUAUUUACAGGGAAAUUAUCUACGUUGUGUGGCGGAA